GCAAUAAUUUAAGAAUUUAAACAUGCACUAACCUACAAAAAUCGACAUAUUCUCUCGUUCCAUGAAACUUGUUUCACUUGGGUCAAGGAUAGACCCCAAGCUGACCAUCUUCUUCCUCCCAUUGAUCAUCUCCUCCCUAUAUAAUUCCUAAACCCAAAAACUUGUUGUCAAGUUGAGAACAAAAGCGAUCCCCAUUACCACAUCAAUCCUUGAUCUUCCAUAGGCCCGCCAUGUUUAUUCAAACCGAACCCCAUCUCAGCGCCGGUGGCGACGACGACGACCUCGACUAUGCCGAGCUCGAGAAGCAGAUCAUCCUGUUAAUGGCGGAUGACGGCGAGGAUGAAGGUGUCGCCGUUGAGACCAAACCCAAUUCCUACAGACAAUUAGGCUUCCCGAGCAAUAUAAGAUACGAUACUGCUUCUAAUUUGGGCCAAUGGGAGAACGAUGGUUCCGGUUCGGUCCCGGCUUGGCUUUUGAAUUUGUGGAACAGUGGCAGCGUUGGUGGGACUGGUGUGUUCAUUCCUCAGUUAGUUCAGAAGAGAAGAAGACACAACUUCGGAAGGACGAACAACCGCAGGAAAACAAUGUACAAGCAAGUGGAGAAGAAGAUGCACAAGUGAUAGUUUAGAACAUCAUUUUUGUCAAAUAAUACAAUGUCAGUAUACAAUAUGAUUUUUUUUGUAAAUCUUUAUUUCCAAGCAACAGUGUGCAUAAUAAUAAUAAUCAAUUACGCCCUUUUGAAUUAGAUUAAAUCGGUGAGGUUGGUGGCCUCAGCUUAGGCUUGUCUUCUCCACCAGGCUCAUGUUAACCCAACUCGAUUUGCAAUUCUAACUAUGUCGUCAGCUAGAACUUGAAUGAUUCAGAUAAGAUAUGGUACAUUCAACAUGAAUACUUGGAAAGAGCGCAGAAACUUGACCAGGUUUUCAAACAAAAGUGAUAAUGGUUAAUGCAUAUCGGAGCUUAAGAGAUUUUUCAAUUGUAUAUAUAUAGGGCCAAAGAUAGUGACAUGAUGCAUGUAAUGGCGAUACCCGCUAGGAACAUGAUUGAGCCGAGUUGAGUGGACAGAGAUCAACCAAAUACUCGAUACUUAUUUCCCCUUCAUCUUCAAAGUUCAAGUCGACUGCAUAAACCACGUCGCCUUUUAUAAGUCAUUUCAACUAACUCUGCUAUCAGCUCAAAUUUGCAAAGCACAAUAACAACUAGAUAAACUUGAUUAAACCCAUGAGAUGCUCAAAUUUGGUAUUUUUCACAUUUGAAUGGAUCUAACACUCAAGCUACUUGAAAGAAAAUAAGUAAUUUAGCAGAGUUCAAGUAAAAAGUUGAGUUGGAAUAUCUCACGAGUAGCUCGACUCACUUGCAUUUCUAUUCCCAACUGUUGCCCGCUGAGGGAAGCACAUUGGACCAGACAAGCCUAAGUGAAUUCUUUCGUGUCCAGUCUUCUCUAAUUUGACACCAGAUAUUUGAUGUGAUAACACUAACCAUCCCAGGAUUUCAUGAGAAUACUCAGAUGUGC